AUGUGGAUCUACGCUUCGAAUAAGAAUAUUAAUUGCUUCCGCCAUCUCGCUGCACUAUGCACACCCAGUAAACGCCCAUCGCGCCAUACAAAUAUAUUUCCAGACACUGCGUCUACCCCUGAGUCAGAGACAUCGGAGACAGGACAGCCCGAAAGCCUUCUUCCAAGGUCAUUCCUUAAAGAUCCUACAUUCCUUUCUCAACCGCUCCCACACUCCCUCCCCUACCUUGCCCACUUCUGGAACAACCCCCUCUCUCCAACGUCAUCGAUCUCUCCCAACACGUGCACGCUACGCCACUCCGCCGUUUCCCCUCCACUACCAACCAGUACUCCGUCCCCGGCGACCUCUCCCGUUCUUGACUGGCAAAAAUCUGCACCAUGGCACCUCCCGCCACCUCUUCCGCCGCCUACACCCGCGACCCACAUCCCGUAG